UCACUCACUAGGCACAUGUUGAGACCCACAGACUUGAUUCUCAUCCAGCUAGUCCUAGCUAACAACUUGGUUCUUUUUCAUACAGGAGUUCCUCAGACAAUGGCAGCAUUUGGGUUGAAAUCUUUUCUGAAUGAUGCUGGAUGUAAGCUUGUCUUCUAUUUUCACUGAGUGGCCAGAGGGGUUUCCCUCAGCACCACCUGCCUGCUCAGUGGUUUCCAGGCCAUUAAGCUCAACACUAACAUCUCCAAGUGGUUGGAGCUCAAGGUUACAUUCCCAAAGUGCUUUGGCUUCUGCUGUUUCCUCUGCUGGAUCCUGCAUCUCCUGUUGAAUAUCUUUAUUACUUUGCAUGUUACUGGACCAAGAAAGAACAAAAACAUGAGUGUGGAAAAAAUUUAUGAAUACCGUAAUUCACCCAUUCCAAACAAAUUUGUUGUUUUACUACAUGCAGUCAUGUUCUCCUUCAUUGGUGUCACUUGUUUGGGCCUCAUGGCCUGGUCUAGUGGCUCCAUGGUCUCUGUCCUGCUCAGGCACAAGCAGCAAGUCCAACACAUUCACAGCAACAGACUUCCCCCCAAACCUUCCCACGAGGCCAGAGCCACGCACACCAUCCUGGCCCUGGUGAGCAUAUGCAUCUCCUUUUGUUUUGUCUCUUUCAUUUUGUCUUUGUGGGUAACACUUAUUGUGAACCCAAGCCACUGGCUGAUGAACAUCUCUGCCCUGGCAUCUUCAGGCUUCCCGACCUUCAGCCCCUUCAUGCUCCUUGGCAGUGAUACCCGUGCCUCUCAGUUUUUCUCUGCUUCUAGGGAAGAAAAAUAA